AUGGAUGCAUCACAUUCCUCGCAUACAAGCCAAAUUGCCUUGAAUUUCUGUUUGGUAUCUCGAACCAGAACUGGUGAAGAAGAAGAAGAGGGAGGUGAAGGAACUGGAGAGCAGGAGCAUGUUGGGUUCCUGAACGACAUCCAGCAGCUGCAGGAGAGCCUCAAUCAGACGAAUAGAGGUCUUGAGGAGUGGAUUUCGUGCGCCAGAACAGUGGCUAAGGAGGCGCACCACAGCGGAGACCGGCCGAGUUUGGCCGAGGGAGCUGGAAUGCUGGAGCAGUCGAGGCGCCUCGUCCACCGACUGGCAGCCAUGGUGUUGAGCAGGCACCAAAAUCGAGUGCAGUCGGCCCUAGCAGGGAGUGCAGAGGAGAUGCGUCAGCCACUAGGUGGCUGCACUAAUCCCAUCGGAGCAAUAGCCCGAGGUAGGUGCAAUAAGGAGCUCAGAUCCGACCAACACGCGGCCAAUUGGCACCAUUUCUGCCGUCUCCCAAGACGCGUUAAAAACUUCUUCCACUACGAAACCCCCAGCUUUCGCCGCAUCUUUCCCACACACCACUUUGACGAUACUGCCACCAAAUUGGACAUGGCAGUCUCAACACGUCAACAGCUUGAGAAUCUAGAGAGGAGGUUGAAUAUCGCCGUCAAAUUCCUCCAGCCAGACGAGAAUCCGACAACGCCACCGCAUGCAGCAGUUGACCGUCGAGAAGCGGAGAACAUUGUCGUAAAAUACGACCCGUCCAUAGUGGUUCGUGUCCACGAGGUGUUUACUGCAAUGGACAGAAUCGCAGCCAAGUUGAGGCCUUCUAAGCUCCUUCGUUGUCAUAACCAAGACCACGAGAAGGGCUAG